AUGGUCAAGUCCAACCCCAAGCCCAAGGCAAAGGGCAAGAAGGACGCAGCUGGGGGCGCGCAAAGCCAUAUCCGUGCUCGUCUGGACUACCUAUACAAUGCUGCGAUCUAUCUACAAUCCGUAGCGAAUCCUCAUCAUCCACAACCACCACUGGUUUGUCGACAGGCAGGCCAGAAUGAUGAGGGGGGGGAUUACACAGCACCGCGGAUAGUGCCACAUGUCGUGACCCCCAGCAGUGCAUCGGGCUUGGAAGCCGCGGGCCAGGACGCCCAAGCAACCACAGACCACCUGCCCCAACUGUCUCGAGUCUAUAUGUCGCAAAUGCGCGGCGUCUCUCUUAAAGCCCAGCUACGACUUCCGGUGGAUGUGAAAAGAUCGUUUUGCAAGCGCUGCGAUACCCAUCUGAUCCCUGGGACGACUUGUACUCAAGAGAUCAGAAACGCCAGCCGCGGCCGCAAGAAGCCCUGGGCUGAUGUGUUGGUCGUGCGUUGCUCUACAUGUGGGACAGAGAAGCGUUUCCCUCAAACAGAGAAGCGCAGCAAAAGGCUGCCUGAGCGUCGGGAAGAGGCCUUGCAGAAGGAGCAAGAGAAACCAACCGCGGGUGCCUGA